AUGGAUUCUUUCAUAGAAUACUACCGGCAACUGGGAACAGCAAAUUCAACGGUGACACAUGCAACAUCAAUAAAUCACGGACCUGGUGCUAGUGGACUAAGAAUAAAUGCACUCACAGUAAGGGAAGAAGUAAGAAGACUAUUUCCCAGCAUUAGCAGACAGAGCAGCCAAGUUGCUAAUUUGAAUUCUCCUCAGUCCUCAACAAGAAAAGGGAAACAGAGAAAAAGGGACUUUAAAGAGGCCUUUUUAGAAUUCAAGCGGGAUGUAAUAUUAUUAAAAUCAACAAGGACUACCACAAGUUAUAAUUCCCAGCAAAAAGCAACAGCUUUUCAAGAUGAAUGGCUAAGGAACAGCAGAAUAUUUGAAGGUCCCGAUAAUGAAAAAAGUCUACGAUAUUCGACAGAGCUUUUAGAAAAGAAAGACUACUUUGAAGUAGGUAGGAUUAUAUCUCUAGCCAUAGUUCAUGCUGGACUUGGACCAAGAAUAAACAAGAGACUAACAACGUGUGCAUCCAGCACUGCCCCAACAAACGCGUCAGAAAGGUCGGUUCAAGAUAUUGCUCUGGAGAACUCCUUCGAUUGGAGUGACGUCCAAAUAUCGUUCCUGUUGGAGCCUAAGUUCGCGGAUUUUGACCUUAAAACACUAUUAUCUACAACGUCAGGAGGUUGUAGUGUUUUAAACUAUUAUCAUUCGCAUGGGCAUUUAGAAGAAAAGCACAGAAAUCGAUUGGUUGAUGUAGUCAUCAGACACAUCUUUAAUGUAAUUGUUAAAACUCGCCUAGCCCAUCAGGACUACAACAUUCUUGCAUCCAAAAUUAUAAGUCUUUUUCCUUCAGAAACAGACAGCACGUACUAUAUUCCGGCUGUUCGUAAAGAAAACAGUUCUGUAGGAAAAAGUAUUCCUGCAAAAGGAAAAUUGGUUUGUAAGGCGAGAAAUAGUGUGUACGUUUCCGAACAAUGUAAAAAAGGGCAAAAAAGGUCCAUAGAAAAUACAGAUGAUGAAGUCAGUACUGAUGCUGAUAUCAAUGAUGAUUUGAAUGAAGACGUUAUUUGGUUGCAACGAAAUAAUGAACCAUGGCAAACUAUCAACUUGGACUUUGAGAAAUUAUAUCCCGAGGCAAAUCUAAACUUAUACCUAAACUUUGAAGCUGUAUUCAACAAAAUCCUCGAAUUAAAACGUAGCAGUCUCAAAGAUGACGUCCCACUGCAAAUGCUGGAUAGAAUAGAUAAACUGGAUGGUCAAGACCAGAUAUUUUUGCCCUACCUAAUUCCACCAACAGGAAGAAAAGUUGCAAAACGAGACCACUGGAAAUGUUCAACUUUAGAAGUAUUGAACUCUAUUGUAACUCUUGAACAACAUAAUGCAAAGUUUUUAAAACCCGUUUCAGUUAAAUUAGGCGCGUCCGCAGAUGAAAAGCGCGGUAGUCAACAUGUCUCUUUGGUUCUAAAAGAUAGAUUCGCUGCAUUUCUGCCUAUGCGCAAAACUUUAACAGACUAUUUGUAA